UUUCCUAAAUCGUUAGCGCCGGGGCAGGGCGCGGGGCCAGGAGCCGGGGCCAGCGGACAGGACCUGGGGCCCGAGGAGCCGGGCGCGGAGGCCGGGACCCAGCAGCAGAGGCGGGGCAGCGGCAAAAUGGGCCCUGAGUGGGACCCAGAGCCGGGCCCCGGCCCCGAACCGACCAUCCCCCCGCACGACAACUUAGCCCUGUUUCUCAGCCGGCGGCUCGGCCGGCUCGGGGGGCUGGUAGGCGCCCGCCCGUGGCCCUUCCUGCUGCUCCCGCUGCUGCUCUCGGGCGGCCUCGGCGCCGGCUUCCUCUUCUUGCGGCAGAGACAAGCCAACGACAUCGAGGGUCAGUUCACGCCGCUCGGGGGACCCGCCAAGAGCGAGAGGCGCUUUGCCCAGGAGCAUUUCCCGACCCGCGACUCCGAGCGCUUCUCCGGCCAGAGGCUGCUCACAGAGGGCGCCUUCGCCUCCCUCAUCGCGGUCUCCCCAGGCGCCAACAUCCUGACGGCGGCCGCCUUCGCGGAGCUCCUGCGGCUGGACGGGGCGGUGCAGAGACUCGCUGUUCCCGGCGGGGACCCAGGCACCCAACUCUCCUACCCGGACCUGUGCGUCCGGAACAAAGGGCCCUGCAGCAGCCCCAACCCGCUCCUGGCUGCCGUGCAGGGGGAGCCGGCCCGGCUAGAGACCCUCCUCCCGCAGCUCACUUACCCCGUGUUCCAGAGCAGCGUUUUCAUGGGCACCUUCUUAGGCGGCGUUCAGCUGGGUCGCGGAGCGGCCGCCUCCCGGGUGCAGGCAGCCAAAGCCCUGAGGCUGGUUUAUUACCUGAGAGAAGACGAAGCCGCGGACCGAGAGAGGAGUUUGCAGUGGCUGGAAAACUUCCUCGAGCGCAUCCCGGCUGAGCUGGAGGCUUUAAAUCUCACCUCUGUCCAGGUGGCUUACUUUACCUCAGUAUCCAGACAGGAAGAGUUUGAAGGAAAUACUAAGAAAGUGAUCCCCCUGUUUUCCAUAACAUACUUUCUAACUAUAACCUUUUCCAUUAUUUCUUGUUUAAGGGUUGACUGUGUACAGAAUAAAGUGUGGGUUGCAGCAUGUGGAGUGCUGUCUUCUGGGUUAGCUGUGCUAAGCAGCUUUGGACUGUUGCUGUUCUGUGGGAUACCAUUUGACAUGACUGUAGCAAAUGCACCAUUUCUUAUACUGGGGGUUGGUGUUGAUGACAUGUUCAUUAUGAUCUCCUGCUGGCAACAGACUAAUCCUAAAAAUAAAGUUGAAAAGCGGAUGGCUGAAACUUAUGCAGAGGCAGCAGUGUCUAUCACAAUCACCACUCUCACUGAUGUUUUAGCUUUCUACAUAGGGAUCAUGACUUCCUUUCAGUCUGUGAAGUCCUUUUGUCUCUACACAGGAACUGCUUUCAUCUUCUGCUAUUUAUACAACAUCACAUUUUUAGGAGCUGUUCUUGCUUUAAAUGGUAAAAGGGAAGAAGGCAACAGACACUGGUUAAUUUGCACAAAAGUGAAAGACAUUGUUCCGCCUCAUCACUCCUGCUUGUACAACAUGUGCUGUGUAGGAGGGUUUUCUGAUAAGUCUUCUUGGGCCGAAGGUGAACAUCCAAUGAACAAAUUCUUUAGGAAAUAUUAUGGUCCUUUCCUUACAAAGAUCUGGACCAAAGUGUUUGUGGUGUUGCUGUAUGGAGGGUUCCUGGCUAGUAGUAUUUAUGGGUGUACUCAGAUGAAGGAAGGUAUAGACCUGCGAAAUCUGGCUAGUGACGAUUCUUAUGUCAUUCAGUACUAUGACUGGGAAGAUGAAUAUUUCUCAGAGUACGGUCCCAGGGUUAUGGUCACUAUCACAGAAAAUGUACCUUAUUGGAAUCUAUCCAUUCGUAAUGACAUUGAGAACUGUAUGGAGUCUUUAGAAAAUAACUCCUAUGUGGAGAAGAGUCUCUCAGAGUCAUGGCUACGAAUGUAUGAGAAUGUUGCUAGAAUCGGUUCACUGAAUAUAGAUACUAAGGCGUUUUUCAUGGGUAAUCUAUCUGAACUAUAUAAAUUAUUUCCAGAAUUUGAAUGGGACAUUGAUAUUCGCUAUAAGGAAAUAGCAGCCUCACGUUUUUUCAUUCAAACAGUGAAUGUUACUACUGCAGUUGAUGAGAAGAACCUUUUACACCAAUUAAGAGACCUAGCCAAGGACUGUAAGAUCCCAUUAAUGGUAUAUCACCCAGCAUUCAUAUACUAUGAUCAGUAUAUUGUAAUAGUGCCAAACACCAUUCAGAAUAUUGCAAUUGCUACUGGAGUCAUGUUGUGUGUUUCCUUGCUGCUUAUUCCCAAUCCGCUCUGCUCCUUGUGGGUAACUUUUGCGAUUGCUUCUGUUAUUGCUGGCGUUGCUGGUUUCAUGACAUACUGGAAUGUUAAUCUUGAUUCCAUAUCUAUGAUUAACCUUGUCAUUUGCAUCGGGUUUUCAGUAGAUUUUUCUGCUCAUAUAUCCUAUGCAUUUGUUUCAAGUGAAAAGUCAACUGUCAAUGAAAGGGCAGUUGAUGCCCUGUAUCUGCUAGGUUACCCGGUGAUCCAAGGUGCUAUCUCCACUAUAUUAGGAGUAAUUGUGCUGUCUGCAGCAAAAGCUUACAUCUUCAGAACAUUUUUUAAGAUUAUGUUUCUCGUUAUCUUGUUUGGAGCUGUUCAUGGUCUUGUUUUUAUUCCAGUAUUUUUAACAUUUUUUGGAAUUCGAGGCAGAUCAUCACACAAAAGGGUAAAUAUAAAAACAAGAGGAAAAAACAGCAGCUCUUUUAGUGACGCACAAAGUCCAAGUAAUGUAUCAAACAGCUUCAUGCUGAAGGAAAAAUAAAUCCAGAUUGCUCAUCAAUUUACAUACAAUUUAAAAUACAGCAUAUCAGCCAAAAAGAACAUGCUGAAGGUUUCAAAACAUUAAUCUGCAGAUUUAAAUUAGCAUUGUAUGAAAAUGUCAGUUUUCUACUGUUCAGGAUUAACACUUAAUGGGAUUAGCUCAAAGCCCACUAGGGAACUUUUAGCGCACCAUAGCAGGGUCCACAUGGACAGUUACUACACAGCAUGCAAGUAUGCUGUAGAUUAUACCCCAGUUUGCAAUGGACAAGCUGUUCAUCCUGAUAAGCCCUUAGAUCAUUAGAGAAAACAUGGGUUAAGUAAAAUGAUAUCACAAUAAUAGAAUAUUACCAAACCAAAAAAAAUUGGUUAAAAUACAUUUGAAGUUAAAAGCAUGUUCUCUUGAUCUUAUAUAUUCUGUGUUAAAUGCCCAAUAAAGAUUUCAAAAGGAAUAUAAAUUAUGCCAGCAUUAUUUGAGCUUUCUCACAGUGUACUCUCAUGAAGUUUAAAUGUAGGCAUCCCUGUAUUACCAUGGAAGCAGACAAAUUGUUAAAGCGGUUGAUUGAAAACCAGGCCUAGGAACAGCAGCAGCACUUAAGGACUGCAACGACUGGCAACUCAGCAACAGCAGGUUAUUGCACAAGAGCAGGAGCAAUCUGGGACCUUUGCAGCAGAAGCUGAGUUGCCACCUUUGGCUAGUCUGGCCUUAUCAGCAAUCACCCUGUUUAAUAGACACCCUCUGAGCCAUGGCCGUCCCUAGCCAUUUUGGUGUCCUACGCAGCCACCUCCGUGCGGGGUGUGUGUGUGUGGGGCCCCAGGCCUCCGAGGGGGGGGCAGGAGCAGGCUUUGGGGGUAGUGGGGAAACCGUCCCCCAGCACGAGCCAGUGGAGUGGAGCGGGUUGGGGCCGGGUCGCUCCACUUCCUGCUGCCCGGUGAGUGCAAGGCAGUCCCGACCCCACACUCACGGGGCAGCAAGAAGUGGAGUGACCCAGCCCCAGCCCGUGCCGCUCUGCUCUCCUGGCUCCCAGUCAGCACGCAAUUGUUUUGGGAUCUCUGGUCUUGGUGGCUUAAAUUUGAGAUUAGUUAUUGGUGGUGGAGAAAUCUAGAAAGAUUCUGCCAGACAGACCAUGAGAAUGGAACUGUUGGUAUCAUACCGAACAGACAGCUGCAGAUGUGUAUCUCCUGGAUGACGACAUGGGAGCUGAACCCCUCCCAGGGAAUGACACUUCCUCAAUGGGAAAGAUGCAGGAUCUCUUUUGUAACUGCAGACCCAACUGAUUUGACCUGCCUACAGGAGAGUGUAAUGAAUAGGGCCCUACCAAAUUCACGGCCAUGAAAAAUGCAUCACAGAUGGUGAAAUCUGGUUUCCUCCCGUGAAAUUUGGUAUUUUGUGUGCUUUUACCCUACACAAUACAGAUUUAAUGGGGGAGACCAGGAUUUCUCAAAUUGGGGGUCCUGACCCAAAAGGGAGUUGCAGGGGGGUCGCAAGGUUAUUUUAGGGGUGUCAUGGUAUUGCCACCCUUACUUCUAUGUGCCCUCAGAGCUGGAUGGCCGGAGAGCAACAGCUGUUGGCUGGGUGCACAGCUCUGAAGGAAGAGCCCUGCUAGCAGUAGCACAGAAGUAAGGGUGGCAAUACCAUACCAUGCCAGACUAUGAGCUGCAGAGACAUGCAGACCACUUCCAGGGAGCUCCCGCCCCAUGGUAAGUGCUUCCCCAACGCCUCUGCCACAGCUCUGAGUCCCCUCCCACACCCAAACUGCCCCAGCAGUGGCUGGUGAGGCUGGCCUAGGGGCUGCCUGAACUGUUUGAGCAGCCCCAGAGCCAGCCGCACCGGCCACUGCAGAAGUCAUGGAGGUCAUGAAAAGUCAGAAUUCAUUACUUUCUUGACGUCCAUGACAGACACACAGCCUUAAUCAUUAUACAUACAGAAUAAAGCUCUUAGGUAAGUUUCAUAGUAGAGAGGGUGAGCUGCUGAGUUGCAAAAAGUUCUUUCCAGAAUCAGUUCAUCAGGUUAUAGUCCAAAUAUGUAGACCAUAUAUAGAGUUUGUUCUAACUCUUCCAUGUGAAAGAGCAGAGUAAUCCAUACUGGAGCUGGAGACCUCAGUCUUGCGAUUCAAGCUUCCCUUGACCAAGUUUAAGCAGAUCUGAGGCACAGAAUUGGGGCCUAGAGUUAUUAUAGAUUUCUGGCAGGCUGUGGAUAGCCUCUUGACAGCAGGAAUUCCUUGGGUGAAACAUUGUGGCUUUGAAUUAAAAUCUCCUAUUUCCUAUGUAUACCCAGGUAAUCAGUUGCAUUCAUCAGUAUAAGGUAAUUAACCAUUAAACAGUUCAUAGAUAGUUCACUACAAACUUCAAAGAGAAAUAUAGACAAUGAUAUUAUUACACUCGUUUCAUCUAAACGUUAAUAUUCCUUCUGAUCUGUGAAUCAACAGAAUAUAAUAACUGCCAAGAACCACUGGUUACACUGUUUAACAAGAUGUAAGUAAACACAUAUGAAUACCUUUUAGUAUUUACCUAACAGUACAGGUUUGCAUUUCAAAGCUCUAGUCUAUCUAACAUGGCUUCGUUAGCUAUUUAUAAGGAAUGGCCCUAAUUACCAUUUUACAUACUUUUCUAAUAUGUCUUUAAAGGUAGAAUUUGGGUCAUUUAGCCAGCAAAUUGCUUAACCCUUUCUGGCUCAGUGUCACAUACGGCAAGGAGAAGACAAGGCCAAAGAGCACCUUACUGAAGUAAUGUGGGGACAGAGUGAAUAUGUUUGGCAAUAAAUUUGUAUUUCUUAAUGAAGGGACACAAGCUGGGCCAUCCUUAGGAUUUAUGGGGCCCUACGCAGUAUUAUUAAACUGGUGCCCCUAUGCCCGACGGCAACCCGGGCUCACAGCCCGGGGGUGGGAGAGCGAGGCAGCAAAGGAUACUGAGCCUCCCAGCCUGCCUCAUGGUGGUGGAGAGUCACAGUUCCCCGCAGAAACCCCUGUGCCCUCUCCCUCAUGCAGAAUGUGCAGCGCCAGUGCAUUCGGCUCUAUGAAUACGGCCUCUGCCUAAGGAGACUGCAGCGCGCCCUGGGUGUGUGGGAGCUGACCCAUUCUUACCUGCGGUCAUGGGCAGUGGGUGAAGCUGCCGCUUGGGGAGGCUAGCUCCCCAGCCCACCUCUUCUGCCUGUGGCCCCGUCCCCACUCUGCCCAGGCCCCGCCCUCUCCCCACUGUCUCCCUCUUCCCCCCCCACUCACCCCCUUCCAGCCAAAUCCCUGAACUCAAAUGACGCAAAUGACAUUUGAAAAAAACACUCUUCUGCAAUUUCUUUCUAAAGAAAAUGGAGCAUGUUUUCCACUGCAUGCGAGAAGGUGAAGAUUGGACAUGCAGAAGGUACCUAAUUAAAAGCACUAAACUUGGGAAUAAAAAUGGCAGUCACAGGUUUUUUUGAUAUAUCCUGAAGUUUGUCAGAGAUUUAUUUGCAAAAACUUUGUAGUAAGGGCAAAUCAGCUGUCCUGCUGAAUACAACAUUAAAUAUUAUGGACUACA